AUGACAAUCACCGUCUCUCUCAACGAACACCAGGAGUUCGGCACCCCUUCGACGAAUCUCAAAGGGUAUGAAAAGCCGAACGUGGCGGCUCCCUCGGAGGAUGAUGAUCCUGUAUGCGUUAAUCCGGUGUUGAGAAGCUCAAAAUGGGCAUUGCAGGAAAUCAACCUGGUGAAACUCGACGAAGAUGGCAUCACAUCUGCUGCCCGCUACAUCCAUUCCCGAAUGCACCGGGAGGCCUAUGUCCCACGCAGUUGGCGAGACCACGCCUUGCAUAUCUGCCCUGAAGAGCCGUUUUCGUGGGCGAGCCCCUCCACGCGCCCAUUCCUCGACUGGAUCUUCCUCAUCUCGUCGCUGAACUUCAGCUUCUGGUCCGAGCUGGAAGGCACCCCGAGGCGCUUUGGGAUAAAAUGGCGCGAAGGCUGGAAAUCGGAAAAGCAGGUCGUUCACACAGGAUACUGGUCGCUCGUCGCUGCCGUAAAUCGAGCAUUGGAAGCAGGCCUGCCAGUAACGGACCCCGAAUUCUACUCUUCCCCUUCCCGCUGUCCCGAUUCCAUGGUCGCCCACAUAUUCCGUGUGGCGGAACAGUCGGACGAAGGAAUUCCAUUACUAUCCGAAAGGGUGUCCAUCCUUCGUGAGAAUGGGGAUAUACUACGCUCGCAAUUCGAUGGAUCGUUUUACGGCUUCGUCCAAGCGUUCCGCAAGAGGUACAACGACUGCGGCACUGCCCUCCAGCUCGUCCAGAUGGUGACGGAGACGUUUCCUUCCUUCCGUGAUGAGCAUGUGUACAACGGCCGCCGAGUGCACAUCUGGAAACGCGCACAAAUCCUCGUUGCUGAGACCUGGGCCGCACUCUACCCCGCAUCCCCCUCCGACCUGCACCCACUCUUCCCGUCCGGCCCGAAGAUCCAAGAGCUAACGAUGUUCGCCGACUACCGCGUCCCACAGGUCCUGCACCGUCUUCGCAUCUUAUCCUACCCACCAUCCCUCGUUGCCCUCCUCGAAGCCCAUACCCCGCUGGAGAGUGGGUCGAAAGAAGAGCUGAGCAUCCGGGCGGCCAGCAUCAUUGGGGUCGAGAGGGUGAGAGAAGAGAUCGUGAAGCUCGUCCGGGCGGCAGGUGGCGGCGGAGAGCAGGCCGAGGACACGAUCAGCAGCGUGGUCAUUGACUUUUAUCUCUGGGAUCUGGCGAAGCGGGUUGAAGGAUGUGCUGACGAGCUCGACGGGAUUCAAACGGCGCCGAUGGUUCCCAUACACAGGACUAGGUCAAUUUGGUAUUGA